UCCCUUGGUUAUAUACUCUGGUAAUUUUUACAAUCAGCUGUUUGUUUGUUAUUCUAACCUUUAAAUGUUUUAAAUUUACCAAAGUUCAACAUCAUUUUUUGUUAUCUAGAUUUAUAAUUACUUAUAAAUAUGACAACUAUUUCUAAGUUGCUUCCAGUGUUGCGAUCUACUAAAACUAAUAAUUUGAUACCAGCUACUGAGCAAAUAUUAAAAUUUUCUUUAUUUAAUGGUCGUUGUUAUUCUACUGAAAAGAAUAGAAGUUUAACCAAGUCAAGUGAAAGAGCCGAUGUCUCGACUGAUGUACGACCGCUUGGAGAAAAGAUAAAAGAAACUACUAAAACUGCGUCUUACACGGGCGUAAUAUUAUUUGGAAUUGGUGUCACUGGAGUCAUUUUCUAUUAUGUUUUCAGAGAACUAUUUUCUAGCAAUAGUGCUAACAGUAUAUAUUCUGUAGCCCUUGAAAAAUGCAAGAAUGAUCCUCGAGUGGAAGAUGCCCUUGGUGCUCCUAUAAAAGGAUAUGGGGAAGAGACAACUAGGAGACGACGCACACAUGUCAGCCAUGCUGUCUAUGAAAAAGAUGGAGUUAAACAUAUGAGGAUGAAAUUCUAUAUUAAAGGAAUCAGGAAUAAGGCUGUUGUUGAAUUAGACAUGAAACAGAAUGAAUAUGGAAACUACAUGUGCCGAUACUUAUUAGUUCAACUGGAUGACUUCAGUGGAAAAACAUUUAUUAUUGAAGACAAUAGAGCUGAACUGGACAAAUCAAAAUCAGAUAUUGGAUUUCCUACUCUCAAUUUAACUCAGUGAUUUCAUGUUCACAAUUAAUAUUAUGUAAAUAUUUAUUUAACUAAUAGGUAGUUGUAACAUAAUAAAUAAAAGAUAGAUGUACAGUU